ACAAAAAAAUUUCCAAGAGAUUAAAUCGAGGAAAAAGGCAAACAUAAUUUGAUUAUAAUGAUAAAGCACUGGACUUGGGGUUUUACAGUAAUUCUAAUAUAUCUGUUGGUUAACAAUCAAUGCGCACAAGUAUUAACGAGACCUGUACUGGAGAGCGAGAUUACGUCCACGUUGCCGCAACAGCAAUCGAAUGCUCAUAUAUUAAAAUAUGACAAUAAUGCCAAUAACGGAGCGGUGGGUUAUAAUUUUGCCUUUGAGACCAGCGAUGGAGUGUCGCGGAAAGAAACGGCUAUACUGAAAAAUGCCGGUACGCCAGAUGAGGCUAUUUCUGUGCAAGGCAGUGUCAGUUGGGUUGGGCCCGAUGGCAUUCAAUACACUUUAAAUUAUUUGGCCGAUGAGAACGGUUUCCAGCCCGAAGGCGAACAUUUACCAGUUCCCCCAGAAAAAUAAAGUGCAUCUUUAUUGAUUUGUGCUUUUGAUAAACAAAAAUCUAGUCUGCUUGCUAUUAACUCAGUCAACCUACUUCGAAUGAAAUUCGUAGCCGAAUUCCUAUAGAACAAGAUUUGCUAAUAAAC